GUGGACGGUUCUUCGUUUGAGCAUGGCAGCUAGCAGUCAUGGUGGUCAGUGUUCUUAUGGUGGCAGAAAAGCCAUCUAUUGCACAGACGCUGGCCGAUGCUUUGUCUCCAAACCGUAAAUACAGUACUCGCAGCGGAGUGUCACCUGCUUGCAAAGUUCAUGAAUAUGAGGGUGACUUCUAUGGCCAGCGCGCGUGGUUCAAGGUCACCAGCUGUGCAGGUCACGUCUACUCCAUUGACUUCCCUCCUGAGUACAACAACUGGGACAGAGUCGAACCUUUGACUCUCUUUGGAGCUCCAACGGUGAAGAUGGAAGCCAAUCCCAAACUCAGGAUGCCUAAGCACUUCCAGACAGAGGCCAAAGGCUGCUCAUAUUUGGUGCUUUGGCUCGAUUGUGAUCGCGAGGGAGAGAAUAUCUGCUAUGAGGUUAUGGAUAAUGCGCUCCCGAAUAUGUCCAGUGCAGGCAGACAGCAACAAGUUUGGAGAGCCCAAUUUUCAUCAUUGGCUCCAGUUGAUCUCAAACGUGCAAUGGCAAACCUGGGAUCCCCGAACAAAGACAUGUCGGAUUCUGUGGACGCCCGUGCAGAAAUGGAUUUGAAGCUUGGCUGCGCUUUCACGCGCUUUCAGACGAAGUACUUCCAAGGGAAAUAUGGUGAUCUGGACACAAACCUUGUGUCCUAUGGUCCCUGUCAGACUCCGACCUUGUGGUUCUGUGUGCGGCGAAGCGAUGAAAUCAACGCAUUUCAACCAGAGAGUUAUUACACCAUCGAUAUCCAACUGUCCAAAGGUGGCAAGGACUUAGCACUGCAAUGGGAUAGGGGACAGGUCUUUGACAUGCCCGUGGCAAGUCUCUUCAUGAACGUGGUCCAGGAGGACCAAGCGAAAGCAGUGGUCACCGAUGUCACUCAAAAGGAGGACCGCAUGGCGCGGCCACAAGCGCUGAACACAGUGGCUAUGCUGAAGAUGGCAAGCACAAGGUUGGGACUUGGGCCUCAGCAAGCUAUGCAUAUGGCCGAGCGCUUGUACCUGGAUGGCUACCUCACGUACCCGCGUACUGAAACCAACACGUAUCCCAAGAACUUCGAUCUGCAGGGCGCAGUGCGAGCGCAAACUGGACAUCCCGCUUGGGGCUCUUACUCCAACGAUUUGUUGUCGUGGGGUCUUUCACGUCCAAGAGAAGGCGUGGAUAUGGGAGAUCACCCUCCAAUCACCCCUGUUCGGGCAGCAACGGAGGGACAGCUUGGCGACGCUUAUCGGUUGUAUGACAUGAUCACUCGACAUUUUUUGGCAACUGUCAGCGGAGAUUGCAAGUUCAUGCGCACGCGAGUCCACUUUGACAUCAAUCAUGAAGGUUUCUCGAUUUCUGGCCGCAAAGUCAUUGACCCGGGUUUCACUGCCAUUCAACGCAGUGGUGAGAUGGAAGAUGUGGUGAUCCCUGACUUUGCCAAAGGUGAGACAGUUGAAAUCAAAAAGGUGUCAAUGGGCAGCCAUAAAACUCGGGCUCCUCCUUACUUGUCCGAAUCUGAUUUGCUGUCUCUGAUGGAGAAACAUGGGAUCGGCACGGAUGCCUCCAUGGCAACCCAUAUUAACAACAUUUGUGAGCGAAACUAUGUGAAACUUGCAGAAGGCCGACGCCUGAUUCCAACACAGUUGGGCAUUGCCCUGGUUCACGGAUAUCAGAUGGUCGACAACGAGCUGGUGAUUCCGAAAGUUCGAGCAAACAUGGAAUACAACUGCACACUUGUGGCUGAAGGAAAGGCUGAAAUCCUACCAGUUGUGCAGCAUUGCCUACGUUUGUUCCGGGAGAAGUUCAUCUACUAUGUCAAAAACGUGGACUUGGUUGACCAGCUCUUUGAAACCAUCUUCAAGUCCUUGGAGGCAGCCGGAAGACCACUUUCAAGAUGUGGAGACUGUCAGAGGUAUCUGUCAGUGGUUGAUCGAAAGCCAGUGCGAAUGUUUUGCAAGACGUGCAACCGCAUCUUCAAGAUGCCACAAAACGGACAGAUGAAACUAUACAAAGAGCUCAAAUGCCCCUUGGAUAACUUUGAGCUAGUGUUCGUCUCAAACAAGGUUGGCAAAAGCUAUCCGAUCUGCCCCAUGUGCUAUGAUGAUCCACCAUUCGGUGCCAGAGAAGAGCAAGGAAAGCACUGGAACUUGGAUCAUCCCAUUUACAAGAAGUACCGCCCAGCAGUGAUGUCAUGCAUUGCUGACAACUGUCCGGGCACGCUUUGCUUGGACGUUGAUUCGGGGCCAAAAUGGCAGAUCGAUUGCAACAUUUGCUUGCAACAGCUCUCCAUUUUUGAGGAUAAGGCACACAAGAUCAAAGCUACCACUGAUUUCUGCGAUGAGUGCUCCUCGGUUUUGUUGGACGUUGUCUUCAACAAGGGCAAGUCGCCCCUCCCAGACGGGGCCACAGAGCGAAAGGCAUGCUUGGUGUGCGACGAAGUGUUCAAUGCACAAACGGUCUCGAAGACCGGGAAAAACUUUGUGAGGAGAAGUCCUGGAAAGGGCAAGGGAAAAGGAAAAGGCAAGAAGGGUGGCAAAGGGAAGAACAAGGGCAUGUCGGAGGAGGACAAAGCUGAGCAAAGAGGAAGGGAACUUGCUCGGCAAAAGAAGUAGAUAGCGAAAGUGCUUCGGUGAAACUGACUGCUGUACUCCCGGUUGCAGACUUCAUUUGAGUGAUUAGUGGCUGUCUUCGUUUCUUUGGGUGCUUUGACUGCUUUCUGAUGGGCAGCGACAGGUGCAUGAAAUCAGGACAUAUCAGGACCCCACAGGUUGUGGCAGCACUUCACCCCCAAUUUGUUUCAAUCGAAGUUGCGUUAAGUCUGAUUUUGGUCCAACUCGACACGUUGUAACGACUCAACUGGAUCAGCCAAUGUGUUGAGGCCGAGAUCAAAGAGGGCAACAUCUAGGGCGCAGACAUGGAGGACUUGGAUCUCAAUGCGUUGGGGCUGGUCCUCGACGUCAACUUCGACUCGGAGACUUGCUGAAGCAGCUGCCUGUCCCGAUGGUCGAAAAUGUGAAGCUGAAGCUGCACAGAGACAGAGCAAGAUCUUCAUGCUGACUGU